AUGGGUGGAAGAAAGUGGAGCCUUAUGGUGGCGUUGUUCAUCUUACUCAUUGCUAUGGAAGCUGCCAUUGCUCAAGGUCCUCAAGGAAAUGGUAAAGGUAAUGAUCAAGGGAAGGGUAAUGGUAAUGGCAAUGGCAAUGGCAAUGACAAUGGGAAGGGAAAGGAUAAGAAAGGAAGCAAGGAAAAGGAUAAAGGAAAGAAAAAAGAGAAGAAGCCAAAGAAGGGUGAUAAUGAAGCAUCGAAUUAUAAGAGCUUGUCACCUCUUCCAUCGGGUCAAGAAAGAGGGUUCUGCGCACUAAACACUACGUGUAAGGGUACGACCAUCGUGUGUCCACCCGAGUGCGCAAUUAGGAAGCCUAAGAAAAACAAGAAGCAGAAGGCAUGUUUCAUCGAUUGCUCUAACCCCAAAUGUGAAGCCAAAUGCAAGACUAGAAAAGCCAACUGUGAUGGGUAUGGUGCACUGUGCUAUGAUCCUCGCUUUGUUGGCGGUGACGGCGUGAUGUUCUACUUCCACGGUGCCAAAGGAGGAAACUUUGCCAUUGUUUCUGAUGAUGAAUUCCAAAUCAAUGCCCAUUUCAUUGGUACUAGACCACAAGGAAGGACUCGUGACUAUACAUGGGUGCAAGCACUUUCUGUCAUGUUUGACGCGCACACUCUUGUUAUUGCAGCCAAUAGAGUAUCUCACUGGGAGGACAGCGUUGACACUCUUACUAUAAAGUGGGAUGGUGAACUAGUCAACGUUCCAAAGGAUGGAGAAGCUGAAUGGAGGGUCAAUGGUGAUCAAAGAGAAGUGGUUGUGGAGAGAACUGAUGAGACCAACAGUGUGACAGUGAGAGUUUCAGGUUUGGUUGAAAUGGAUAUAACUGUUAGGCCUAUUGGAGAAAAAGAAAACAAGGUUCACAAUUACCAAUUGCCACCAGAUGAUGCUUUUGCUCAUUUGGAGACACAGUUCAAGUUUAAAAAAGAUACUGAUAAUUUUGAAGGAGUUUUGGGUCAGACUUAUAGGCCUGGCUAUGUUAGCACUGUUAAGAAAAGUGUUCCUAUGCCAAUGAUGGGUGGUGAGGACAAGUACCAAACUCUCUCUCUGUUUUCAACAUCCUGCAAUCGCUGCAGGUUCAAGAGGCCAUCCGGGAUUGCAAGCAGUGAAGGAGUAAUUGCUCAGUAUUGA